CUGCCCAAGACCCUGACUGAGAUGUACAUCUACUUCCUGGUAGUGCAGUCUAAACUGAAGAACAUCAAGUAUGAUGGAGGAGCUGAGACAGAUCCACACUGGAAUAAAAAGAGCAAAAAUAUGAUCGAGUCUCUGGGAAAACUGGCUUUUGAGCAGCUGCAGAAAGGCAACCCGAUCUUCUAUGAAUCAGACCUGACAGAGUGUGGCAUCGAUAUCAGAGCAGCCUCAGUGUACUCAGGAGUGUUCACACAGAUCUUUAGAGAGGAGAGCGAGUUGUACCAGGACAAGAUGUUCUGCUUCAUCCAUCUGAGCGUUCAGGAGUUUCUGGCUGCUCUUCAUGUCCACCUGACCUUCUUCAAAUCUGGUGUUAAUCUGCUGGCAGAAGAACAACCUGGUAUGUGGUCUAAACUCUUAAGCGACAAACCUAAACCAACACUUCUCUACCAAAAUGCGGUGGACAAGGCCUUACAGAGUCCAAAUGGACACCUGGACUUGUUCCUCCGCUUCCUCCUGGGUCUUUCUCUGAAGACCAAUCAGACUCUCCUACGAGGCCUGCUGACACACACAGGAAAUAUCUCACAGACCAAUCAGGAAACAGUUGAGUACAUCAAAGAGAAGAUAAGCAAGAAUCUGUCUCCAGAGAGAAACAUCAAUCUCUUCCACUGUCUGAAUGAACUUAAGGCACGUUCUCUAGUAGAGCAGAUCCAACAGUUCCUGAGUUCAGGAAGUCUCUCCACAGAUAAACUGUCUCCUGCUCAGUGGUCAGCUCUGGGCUUCAUCUUACUGUCAUCAGAAAAAGAUCUGGACGUGUUUGACCUGAAGAAAUACUCUGCUUCAGAG